AUGAGUACAGUGUGAUUUUUUUUUUUUUUUCUUGUGGUCUAAGAUCCUGUCUUGUCAUCUUUACAGGUUACCAUUAUGGGAACCCCCUGAGCAAGUAUGUGCGUCACUAUGAAGGUCUGUCCUAUGACUCCUACCAGAUACACGACAAGCACCUGAGAGCCAAGAGGGGCCUCAACCACCAAGACAGGUUUCUCCAUCUAGACUUCCAUGCGCAUGGAAGGUAGGUCUACGUGUCCCAGCAUUUUUUUACUCUCUGUGUGUGUUUGUGAUAGUUUACAGUGGGGGAAAAAAAGUAUUUAGUCAGCCACCAAUUGUGCAAGUUCUCCCACUUAAAAAGAUGAGAGAGGCCUGUAAUUUUCAUCAUAGGUACACGUCAACUAUGACAGACAAAAUGAGAAAAAUGUCUUCCAUUUCCUAAUAAUUGCUCCCACAGUUGAUUUCUUCAAACCAAGCUGCUUACCUAUUGCAGAUUCAGUCUUCCCAGCCUGGUGCAGGUCUACAAUUUAGUUUCUGGUGUCCUUUGACAGCUCUUUGGUCUUGGCCAUAGUGGAGUUUGGAGUGUGACUGUUUGAGGUUGUGGACAGGUGUCUUUUAUACUGAUAAGUUCAAACGGGUGCCAUUAAUACAGGUAACGAGUGGAGGACAGAGGAGCCUCUUAAAGAAGAAGUUACAGGUAUGUGAGAGCCAGAAAUCUUGCUUGUUUGUAGGUGACCAAAUACUUAUUUUCCACCAUAAUUUGCAAAUAAAUUCAUUAAAAAAUCCUACAAUGUGAUUUUCUGGAUUUUCUUUCUCAAUUUGUCUGUCAUAGUUGACGUGUACCUAUGAUGACAAUUACAGGCCUCUCUCAUCUUUUUAAGUGGGAGAACUUGCACAAUUGGUGGCUGACUAAAUACUUUUUUCACCCACUGUAUGUUGUUAAAUUCAAAGUAAAUCAGCAGGUGUAAACCAAGUUCAAGGUUAAUCUUGCUUUCAGUGUAAACUGAAAACGGCUAAAACCAGAUAUAAAGUAUGCAGAAAAGAUAAGAGCCAUAUAUUCUUAAAUAAUAUAAUCUUUGAGAACUAACAAUCACCAAAAUAAAAGUUACAGUCAAAGAUAAUUGGAAUUUAGCAGUGUUGAUUAGGACUGUUCCGAUACCAGUAUUGCAGUAUUUUUUCCAUGGCAAAAAUGAAAACACGAAGCAGGAAAUUGGCUUUAAAACUGCAACAUUUUCUCUCAGCCGCAUGGCAAACUGUGUAGAAUUGUAGAAAAUUGGCUUACAUAUUUUUUUUAUAUUUCUCUAAACCGCCAAGAUGGGGGCCUCUGAAAUUUUGCCGGGCUGACAGUGCCAAUUGCCACGCCCACCACCUAAGGCCCUUUUUGAUCCAGAAGAAACCCUGACUGAACAUCGGCUUAUUUGUAGUUCAAGAUGAGUCUUGUUUCUCAAUAACUGAACUGUGAUGUUCUCAAUAACAUAGGCCUAUUUGUUUUAAUGAAAGUUCUUUAGCCUUGUUUUCAUCUGAUUUAUUUAACACAGCCUAAUUAUUCAUAUACUGCACAUUCUAAAUUAGCCUUCCCAGGCUUUGUGGGAGAGCGUGGUUUAGCCUUCCCAGGCUUUGUGGGAGAGCGUGGUUUAGCCUUCCCAGGCUUUGUGGGAGAGCGUGGUUUAGCCUUCCCAGGCUUUGUGGGAGAGCGUGGUUUAGCCUUCCCAGGCUUUGUGGGAGAGCGUGGUUUAGCCUUCCCAGGCUUUGUGGGAGAGCGUGGUUUAGCCUUCCCAGGCUUUGUGGGAGAGCGUGGUUUAGCCUUCCCAGGCUUUGUGGGAGAGCGUGGUUUAGCCUUCCCAGGCUUUGUGGGAGAGCGUGGUUUAGCCUUCCCAGGCUUUGUGGGAGAGCGUGGUUUAGCCUUCCCAGGCUUUGUGGGAGAGCGUGGUUUAGCCUUCCCAGGCUUUGUGGGAGAGCGUGGUUUAGCCUUCCCAGGCUUUGUGGGAGAGCGUGGUGUAGCCUUCCCAGGCUUUGUGGGAGAGCGUGGUUUCUCCCAGGGGACCCAGUCGAGACCAUCUGGCUGUUAGUCAGACCUGGGUCAAAAUAUUAUUUGAAAUAAUUUCAAAUACUUAAUCUGUGCUUGAUUGAGCUUGCUUGGCUUAAUGGCUCAUUAGAGAAGGCCCCAAACUGCAAACCCUGCCUAUUUAGCUCUCCAAGCAGGCUAAAGCAAACGCUCUAAGUUUUUUGAAAGACUUCAAAUAGUAUUUAAAUCCAGGUCUGCUGCUUGGCAGGGAGGAGACUAGGCCUCUCUCAUUCUGUCAGUGGCAAAGCCUGGUGCUCCUAGCCUCAGAUGCUAUUGCUUAAUAGGGAAGGGAAGGAAUAAGAAGCUGUGCAAACAAACAAAUAGGAGAGCUGCUAUGUCUGCAGCUGCUCUGAGAAGCAGGAGUCUCUAACAGAGGAUUUAUACUAUACAAGCAGCACUCGCCCUUAUGUGGGUGCUAGCCAGGUUGUGCUACGAAUCAACAGCCAUUGUCAGCCAGUCCAGUAAGGGGUUGGAAGCUAUUGGUCUCCGACCACUCCGUAGCUUCCGACCCCUCCGCUGGCGUCGCUCAACGGUCCCCCGACCACUCCGUUGGCGCCGCUCAACGGUCCCCCGACCACUCCGCUGGCGUCGCUCAACGGUCCCCCGACCACUCCGCUGGCGUCGCUCAACGGUCCCCCGACCACUCCGCUGGCGUCGCUCAACGGUCCCGUUCUCUUUUCCUUUUCAUUGAAAGGCUUCCGAUGUUUCACUGCAUGAUGCCGCUUCCUAGUAUAAACAGGCGGUAAAGCUCAGAGUCCUGGCUUGGAAUUUAUUUAGCCUGGAACAAGAUCUGUUUGUUUUGUCUUGCCAACUCCUAUGGUCAUUAUUUAAUUUUUUUAGAGGGUAGAUCAGCAUUAAUACUGCAGAUUGUGGCAUCUAUAAAUGUAAUUGUCUGCAUAAUUUUCAACCCCCCCCCCCCAAUAUAUAUUUUUUGUAAAUAUACAGUGCCCUUCAGAAAGUAUUCAGACCCCAGACUUUUUCCACGUUUUGUUACGUUACAGCCUUAUUCUAAAAUGGAUUAAAUAAAACAUUUUCCUCGGCAAUCUACACACAAUACCCCAUGAUGACAAAGCGUUUUUAGAAACUUUUGCAAAUGUAUUAAAAUACAGAAAUAAAUUAUUUACAUAAGUAUUCAGACCCUUUGCUAUGCGUCUCAAAAUACAACUUGAUUGCUGUCCACCUGUGGUAAAUUCAAUUGAUUGGACAUGAUUUGGAAAGGCACACACCUGUCUGUAUAAGGUCCCACAGUUGACAGUGCAUGUCAGAGCAAAAACCAAGCCAUGAGGUCGAAGGAGUUAUCCGAAGAGCUCCAAGACAGGAUUGUGCCGAGGCACAGAUCUGGGGAAGGGUACCAAAACAUUUCUGCAGUAUUGAAGGUCCCCAAGAACACAGUGGCCUCCAUCAUUCUUCAUUGGAAGAAGUUUGGAACCACCAAGACUCUUCAUAGAGCUGGCUGCCCGGCCAAACUAAGCAAUCAGGGGAGAAGGGCCUUGGACAGUGAGGUGACCAAGAACAUUUACAGUCAUUACAACAUUUGAGUCAUUUAGCAGACGCUCUUAUCCAGAGCGACUUACAUUAGCAAUUAGGGUUAAGUGCCUUGCUAAAGGGCACAUCGACAGAUUUUUCACCUAGUCGGCUCAGGGAUUAGAACCAGCGACCUUUCGGUUACUGGCACAACGCUCUUACCCACUAAGCUACCUGCCGCCCCAAGUUGGUCAAGAACCUGAUGGUCACUCUGACAGAGCUCCAGAGUUCCUCUGUGGAGAUGGGAGAACCUUCCAGAAGGACUACCAUCUCUGCAGCACUCCACCAAUCAGGCCUUUUAUGGUAGAGUGGCCAGACGGAAGCCACUCCUCAGUAAAAGGCACAUGACAGCCCGCUUGCAGUUUGCCAAAAGGCACCUAAAGAAGACUCAGACCAUGAGAAACAAGAUUCUCUGGUCUGAUGAAACCAAGAUUGAACUCUUUGGCCUGAAUGCCAAGCGUCACGCCUGGAGGAAACCUGGCACCAUCUCUACGGUGAAGUAUGGUGGCGGCAGCAUCAUGCUGUGGGGAUGUUUUUCAGUGGCAGGGACUGGGAGACUAGUCAGGAUCGAGGGAAAGAUGAACGGAGAAAAGUACAGAGAGAUCCUUGAUGAAAACCUGCUCCAGAGCGCUCAGGACCUCAGACUGGGGCGAAGGUUCACCUUCCAACAGGACAACGACCAUAAGCACACAGCCAAGACAUCGCAGGAGUGGUUUCGGGACAAGUCUCUGAAUGUCCUUGAGCGGCCCAGCCAGAGCCCGGACUUGAACCCGAUCUAACGUCUCUGGAAAGACCUGAAAAUAGUUGUGCAGCAAUGCUCCCCAUUCAACCUGGCAAAAUGGGAGAAACUCCCCAAAUACAGGUGUGCCAAGCUUGUAACGUCAUACCCAAGAAGACUCGACUAUAAUCACUGCCAAAAGGUGCUUCAACAAAGUACUGAGUAAGGGUCUGAAUACUUAGGUAAAUGUCAUGUCAGGUUUUUAUUUGUAACAAAUUAGCAAACAUUUCUAAAAACCUAUUUUUUCCUUUGUCAUUAUGGGGUGUUGUGUGUAGAUUGAUGGGGAUUUUUUAAAUCCAUUUUAAAAUAAGGCUGUAACAUAACAUAAUGUGGGUAGGUGUGUCCAAACCUUUGACUGGUACUGUGCAUACACACACUACCAGUCAAUAGUUUGGACACACCUACUCAUUCAAGGGUUUUUCUUUAUUUUUUACUAUUUUCUACAUUGUAGAAUAAUAGUGAAGACAUCAAAACUAUGAAAUAACACAUGGAAUCAUGUAGUAACCAAAAAAGUGAUAAACAUUUUUAUUUGAGAUUCUUCAAAUAGCCACCCUUUGCCUUGACAGCUUUAUACACUCUUGGCAUUCUCUCAACCAGCUUCACCUGUAAUGCUUUUCCAACAAUCUUGAAUUAGUUCCCACGUAUGCUGAGCACUUGUUGGCUGCUUUUCCUUCACUCUGCCGUCCGACUCAUCCCAAACCAUCUCAAUUUGGUUGAGGUUGGGUGAUUGUGGAGGCCAGGUCAUCUGAUGCAGCACUCCAUCACUCUCCUUCUUGGUCAAAUAGCCCUUACACAGCCUGGAGGUGUGUUGGGUCAUUGUCCUGUUGAAAAACAAAUGAUAGUCCCACUAAGCCCAAACCAGAUGGGAUGCCGUAUCGCUGCAGAAUGCUGUGGUAGCCAUGCUGGUUAAGUGUGCCUUGAAUUCUAAAUAAAUCACAGACAGUGUUACCAGCAAAGCACCCCCACACCAUAACACCUCCUCCUCCAUGCUUUACGGUGGGAAAUACACAUGCGGAGAUCAUCCGUGCACCCACACCGCGUCUCACAAAAACACGGCGGUUGGAACCAAAAAUCUCCAAUUUGGACUCCAGACCAAAGGACAAAUUUCCACCGGUCUAAUGUCCAUUGCUCGUGUUUCUUGGCAUAAAACAAGUCUCUUCUUAUUAUUGGUGUCCUUUAGUAGUGGUCUCUUUGCAGCAAUUAGACCACGAAGGCCUGAUUCACUCAGUCUCCUCUGAACAGUUGAUGUUGAGAGAUGUCUGUGACUUGAACUCUGUGAAGCAUUUAUUUGGGCUGCAAUUUCUGAGGCUACUAACUCUAAUGAACUUAUCCUCUGCAGCAGAGGUAACUCUGGGUCUUCCAUUCCUGUGGCGGUCGUCAUGAAUGCCAGUUUCAUCAUAGCGCUUGAUGGUUUUUCCAACUGCACUUGAAAAAACUUUUAAAGUUCUUGACAUUUUCCGGAUUUACUGACCUUCAUGUCUUAAAAUAAUGAUGGACUAUCGUUUCUCUUUGCUUAUUCGAGCUGUUCUUGCCAUAAUAUGGGCUUGGUCUUUUACCAAAUAGGGCUAUCUUCUUUAUACCUUGUCACAACACAACUGAUUGGCUCAAACGCAUUAGGAAGGAAAGAAAUUCCACAAAUUAACUUUUAACAAGGCACCCCUGUUAAUUGAAAUGCAUUCCAGGUGACUACCUCAUGAAGCUGGUUGAGAGAAUGCCAAGAGUGUGCAAAGCUGUCAUCAAGGCAAAGGGUGGCUGUUUGAAGAAUCUCAAAUAUAAAAUAUUUUUAUUUGUUUAACACUUUUUUUUGGUUACUUCAUAAUUCCAUAUGUGUUAUUUCAUCUUGUUGACGUCUUCACUAUUAUUCUACAAUGUAAAAAUAAAGAAAAACCCUUGAAUGAGUAGGUGUGUCCAAACUUUUGGCUGGUAGUGUAAUAUAUUGAUUUUCCUUUAUUAUUUUCCCCUAACCCUACCACCUAGCCACUAAUUGGAGUGAACUAAUGGACAACAAUACUUAGGCUAUGGUCAUUGUUGGCACGACUGGAUCUGGGACCAGGCUAGAAUUGAUUAGGGCUUGGGGGAUAAUUCUAUUGACACAUAGAUUAAGAACACUUUAUAAAAUGUGUUGUUUCGAUGCUGAACACUGAUUUGGUUGAUAGCGCCACAAUCCCCGCAUUCCACUCGGAAUGCCUGUUUACAGUUCCAUUAGAUUUAUCAAUGCGCAUCCGCUGUCCCACAGCCCAGCCUCCACUGUCCCACAGCCCAGCCUCCGCUGUCCCACAGCCCAGCCCCCGCUGUCCCACAGCCCAGCCUCCGCUGUCCCACAGCCCAGCCUCCGCUGUCCCACAGCCCAGCCUCCGCUGUCCAACAGCCCAGCCCAAGCAUUCAUGAAUGCAAUCUCCCCACGAAAAAAGGCUUCCUUCUUUUCACUCUGUCAAUUAGGUUAGUAUUGUGGGGUAACUACAAUGUUGAUCCAUCCUCCGUUUUCUCCUAUCACAGUCAUUAAACUCUGUAACUGUUUUAAUGUCACCAUUGGCCUCAUGGUGAAAUACCAGAGCGGUUUCCUUCAUCUCCGGCAACUGAGUUAGGAAUGACGCCUGUGUCUUUGUAGUGACUGGGUGUACUGAUUUUGUAAUGAAUAACUUCAAAAGGCACUCACACAUCUGAGCUAUCUUUGUUGCCGGUGCCAUGGUAACAGUUGAAUAAGAUGAGACAAAAUAAGAAACCCACACACUGCUCUUGGUAGUGUCACUGCUCUUGGUAGUAUCACUGCUCUUGGUAGUGUCACUGCUCUUGGUAGUGUCACUGCUCUUGGUAGUGUCACUGCUCUUGGUAGUGUCACUGCUCUUGGUAGUGUCACUGCUCUUUAAAAUAUUUACCUAUCGGCCUCAAGGCCUUCGUCAGAGCUUUUGUGAAUAAAAAAAAACAAAUGUACCCAAUGAUUUAUGAAAACUUGCUUGAUGGGUCGAUGUCCUCCAUUGUGGUUUUACAGACGUGUUUUUAAUACGUUUUUAUGUACACACUUUAUUAGAAUAUUUAUGUGAAAUGCACAUUUUUAUAUUUGUUAACACUUAUUAAUUUUCCCUCGACUCCAACCCCAUUCGAUGCAUUGAAUGGAUGUGGGUGGAGCUAUGUCUACAUAAGGGUGCUGAUAAAAAAUAAAAAAACACCAAAAGCUCUGACGAAGGCCUUGAGGCGCAUACGUAAAGCUUAUUAAAGACUAGUAAUUAAAACUUCACCGCGCUCAAAGGGAAAUUCAUUGUCUGCUUCUUUUGUUUUUACCCGUCUACCAAUAGGUGCCCUUUGCGAGGCAUCGGAAAACGUCCCUGGGUCUUUGUGGUUGAAUCUGUGUUUGAAAUUCACUGCUUGGCUGAGGGACCUUACAGAUGUGUGGGGUACAGAGAUGAGGUAGUCAUUCAAAAAAUUAUGUUAAAGUCCAUGUCGACUUGUUAAGCACAUAUUUAGUCCUGAACUUAUUUAGGCUUGCAAUAACAAAGGGGUUGAAUACAUUUACAUAAUUUAGCUCAAGACUUCUCAGAUUUCCAUUUUUAAUUAAUUUGUAAAAAAUAAUAAUGAAAUGCAUAAUUCCACUUUGACAUGAUGGUGUAUUGUGGGUAUUGUGUUGACCUUAUUGUGUGUAGGCCAGUGACAAAACAUCUACAUUUAAUCCAUUUUGAAUUCAGGCUGUAACAACAAAAUGUGGAAAAAGUCAAGGGGUGUGAAUACUUUCUGAAGGCGCUGUAUUUCUCACUAGUUUUAAACAUUUUAGAGAAAAAUACAAAUGUUCCUAAACACAAUUGAACCUCUAGAUUUAACCAGGCUCUCUAGACUAGUGUCCAUAAGGUCUGUGCUGCAGGCUGAACCUUUGACGUCCGCUGUUUGCUUAGCAACUUCAGAACCAACAACUGGCUUUUGACCGGACUACAUCGUCUGGUGGAAGAAUGAAAUGAAACAAAUUUACUCAGUAAAAUAAAGUUUUUAAUGAAAACAUGUUAAUCUUUUUAUUUUAAUUUUUUUUGACGGUUUUAUAAAAGCAGUAAAGUCCUCGAACCCGGGGAUUAUCGUGUGAUAACUCCCUCCUAAGGGCUGCUCCCAGCCCUUUGACUUCACCUCGGGUCUAAGAACAGCCCAUAGCCGGGAGUUAUCACACGAUAAUCCCCGGGUUCUCAUGCCUUAUUGCUAAAUUAUUCAUCAAUUGUACACAUGGUCCAACCGAAAUGUACCCUUUUGGCUUUAUCCCAACCCCUCCGAAAGACACGCAUACAGGUUGGAGAGGUCUGUCCCUAUGCUAUAUACACCUCUUUGGAGAUUUAUCACUGAUGUUGGCUAACUCAAAAUGCUCUCCUUUCACUGUCUGAGGAGUUUACAGAACGUAAUGAAUUUCGUUCUUCAGUUACAAUGCUACUUUUUUUUUUUUUUUUUUUUUUUUUUUCCAGCAUCGUUUAA